AAUAACCUAACCUUUUACGUUGAUUUUUAGUUUUGCCCAUCGCUCAUCGUCAUCAGAGAGAGCAACAGCCGCAGUCUUACUGAAAUCAUGGGGGAUGAAAAGAGAGAAAACUUUGAGAUUACAUGCGAAUGCGAAUGUAAAAGAUUUAAGAACUGGCUUGCCAAAGUCAACCCCAUCAAGGUUACUCUCCAAGGUGUGGAGGCUGUUAUGAAUGGUUUCUGUGUCUCCAUGACAAUGGCUAUGGUUGCCGAAGCUUUUCUCAAGGAAAUCUUCCACGCUCCUAAUUCGCGGCAUCAAUUCCUGUCUAAAUUGAAAUGUGGAGAGUACAAGCCAUUGGUAGAAUCUUUCUUAGUUGGAUCGAGCGGCGACAAGAUUCGCAAUUAUGCUGUCAUGAAGGGGUGUAAUGACGCCAUAGUUUUGGUCAUGAAUAACUUAAGAGGCAAGGAAGAUGUCCAGACAAGUGUGGUGGCAGGUUUUGGUUAUGGAGUUGCGAUAUCAUUGGUAACCGGCAUGAGGGGUCCUGGUGUAAUGUCAGUUGGUGUUAUGUUUGCCCUCUUUAAUGCUAUAGUGUUUGAGACAUCAAAAUGGGGACAAGCUGAAGAUGAAGUGCAUAACAAAACAAGAGGAAGCACUUGAGGUUGAGAUCUUGGUGGUUCAUAUUUAAAGGGUGACAUUUGGCACAUGACAAAACAAUGAUGCAUUGGAGGUGAUUUACAUUUAAAAGAAUUAUUAUGGUGGGGCCCUUUUUAUAUAAGCAUUUUAACUUUCCAUUUCCCACAACUUGAUACAUUUUUUUUUUUAUUUCAUUUCACUCGUAGUU